UUCCUUUAUGCAGCAACACAUAAAGAAAUCCAACAUGAAUAUAAUGAAGAUAUUUUACUUGUUUUUGAUUGAGUGCAUCAUCAUAGGAAUCAGCCUACCUUUUGCGGAGACUAAAAUUGAAGUCCCUACGACGGUGACUGCAGGUCAAAUUGAAUUAAACGGUGAAGUAGAAGAUGCAACCGUCGACUCCUGCCCUGAAUGCAAAUAUACAGGAUAUAUUAUAAUAUUAUCGGCUAUGGUAACAAUUGCAUUGCCAGGAGCAUUUGGAUGGUAUCUCUAUUACCGACUAAAGAAGAGGAAUGCAAUGACCGAUGAAGAAAAGGCAUUGGAAGAUUCAAAGCCUGAUACUUUUACUUCAAAAAUACAUUUGUGGUUGGCUACAAACUGCACUGUUGAAAAGUUCAAGCUCCUCUACAACACAGUGAGAGAGAAUAAGACAGUAGAAAAAAUAAUUGUGUGGUUAUCAACAAACUGCACUGCUGAAAAGUUCAAGCUCCUCUUUGACAGACUGAGAAAGAAAAAGCCAAUCUACGAUGAAGAAAAGGCAAUUGAGAAAUCACAGCCUGAAUCUACACCCUCUAAAUCUGAAACUACUGCAAGGGAUAUGCUUGACACGGGCGAGAAGACAGCCACGACUAAGGAAGAUAAGGAAGACAGUGCAACUAAACAGAUCAAAGUCACAAAGAAGAAAAAGGCUUCUGUAAAACAAAGUACAGAUGAGCCAGUACAACCUGAGCAAAGCCCACAAACACUUGCUUUGCCUAAAAAGAUCAAAGUCAUAAAGAAGAAAAAGAAAAAGGCUCCUGUGAAAAAAUCUGUGGAAGAGUCAAUUAAUUCUGUAAAACAAAGUACAGAUGAGCCAGUACAACCUGCGCAAAGUCCACAAACACUUGCACUGCCUAAAAAGAUCAAAGUCAUAAAGAAGAAAAAGGCUCCUGUGAAUAAAUCUGUGGAAGAGUCACUUAAAACACCUUCUGUAAAACAAAGUACAGAUGAGCCAGUACAACCUGAGCAAAGCCCACAAACACUUGCGCUGCCUAAAAAGAUCAAAGUCAUAAAGAAGAAAAAGAAAAAGGCGCCUGUGGAUAAAUCUGUGGAAGAGUCAAUUAAAACUCUUUCUGUAAAACAAAGUACAGAUGAGCCAGUACAACCUGAGCAAAGCCCACAAACACUUGCGCUGCCUAAAAAGAUCAAAGUCAUAAAGAAGAAAAAGAAAAAGGCUCCAGUACAACCUGAGCAAAGUCCACAAACACUUGCACUGCCUAAAGAAAAUGCUUAUGCUGUCGAUGUAACAGAAGCAGAACAGCAGCCAAUGGCCCCACUUGCAGUGAGUGUUUUAUCCACAGAAACGAAAGAUGUUCAAACAGAAAUCUCCAUAUCACCAAUUAUUCCAGAGUGCCAACAACCUUUAGUAGAAAGCCAGGAAGAAACUCCUUGUAACAUUUAUUAUAAGAGGAAAAUAGUUUUGACAUGGGUGGAGGAGAUCACGGAUGAUGAAGAGGAAACAUCUACUCCCCAAGUAAAAGAAUUCCAUAAAUAGAUCGACCAUAACAGCUAACGAUACAACAUUGAGUUGAUUUGGAUCCAUUAUCCGAGGAACACUUUCGAUUUACUGAGAAUAUUUCUACAAACCCAGACAAAUGGAUAAUAAUAAAUAAAAUAAUCAAUAUUUAUUGCUUUACAGAAAAUGUAUAUUUAUUCCAGAGGUGUAAUAAUAAAGGGUGCAGUGGUUACAACUCAACUGCAGCCUAGUCAAGUGAUAUAUUUGGGCCACAUGAUUUCUAUCAAAAGUUAAAAGGCGAAGGGAUAUGGGUGGAUAGAGGGCCGGGUGGUGAUUGGUGUAUGGGAGGUGGAAGUGGAUCCAGACCUUCAUUUUGCUUUGUGACCUAUAGGACUUAGAUUACGCCCCUGUUAUCUUUAUCAUCUGGCAGCAUUAAAGAGAU